AUGGACGAUACUGAAAUGCCGGUUUCUACUGCUGUGCGCCCGCAGCUGGAGUUUUUGCAUAUGGUAUACCCAGCUGUCUUGGCGUUUGGAGAUCCAUCGUUUAUCCAUUCAACAUAUUUUUUGGAUUUCAAGCAAUUAAAGACACUUAAGAUCGCUUACACUGGCGGAGAGCGUCCCGGGGAUGCUCAGGAAUUAUGUCUCGUGUGUCCAAAUGUUCCUCAUGUAUACAUUGAUAUAUUGUGCAACUCCGCAUAUUCAUUGUACAACUCGGUUAAUUACCUGCUUCGCGCACACGCUCGGGAAUCUCUCCUAGAUUUAUCAAGAUUUACAGCGUUGGAACAUUUGACAGUCGAGGGAGUUCUCAAAGUACGCUCGUUUCACCAGCGGAUUCUCAUCGACUACUUUCAGACUCCCAUCCCUUGGGUCGUCGAAAUAUUGACCGUGAUUUCCAUUUCAUCUCGCUCGGCUGAAACCUUGGCUAAAUUAACGCUCAAAUUAUCGUUUAUCGACUUCCAGCUGUCGCUUAUACCGCAUCUUCACAUUAACUGGGUUGCCCUUUGUUCAACUCUAGCCGUGCGUAACUUUCCGAAUUUUGUAGUGCUCAAUCUUCAGAUUACCGGGUUGCCUCCUUCAUUGUUGGCCAAGUUGAAAGAGGACGAGGUAUUGGUAGAAAUGCAGAAGGAGAGGAAACUUGUGUAUAUCUGA